CCACGCAGCAUGGCACAGUGUAUUGGCGGCUUUUGGAAGUUAUGGUUCCAUACUACAACAAUAUCCAUUGUUAGAAGAGAUUGGUUUGAAUCUCGGUUUAGUAUCCUACGCAGGGAUAGAGCCAUUAAUGGCUAUACAAUAUUUAGCUCCAGAGUUGGUAAUGACCGGUGUAUCACUGUUCGUGUAUCUGAUGGUACGUAAACUUCUCGUUGGUUCUCCUACGGAGGAAGUUGAGAGGAAGAUCUCAAAACAUCAGCAGUACCCCCUAUUAACUAGUGCAGGAAAAUACGUAGCCUUAUUUCUAAUAAUGUUCUCUGGGAUAAUGCGUCCUAGUAUCACUUCGGGGAUAUAUUUCCUUGUAUUCAUGGGCGCGGCCACUGCUUGGGCGCUGGGACGGCCUUUGGAGCGUGGUUUUGCGGUUGUUAGCAGAUGUCUGAUGUCAAUAAUGGCUGUCCAUAUAGCUGUGUUGCUGGUUUAUCAGUGCUCUUGGCUCAUUGAGUUGUAUCCGCCGGAUAUGGAUUUGGCCAGAUAUUUCGGUCUAACAAAACUAGUUAUAAUCAACGGUACGAAUUCUUCUUCGAGCUUUGUAUACGAAGUUACAGAAGAUCACAAAUGGGCAACUCUAGCGAGUCCUCUAGUCAUACUCUUUUCGUAUUUCUUUCUCGCAUUGGAGUCUAGGGAACUCUUCAAACCCAAGGCGAAGAAAAAGAGUGCCUUAACUGGCGUAGAAGCGGGAAAAGUGAACGGGUCCCUAUUAAGGGGUGUGUCCUUCCAUCGGGCCAGCCGAUACGCUCCUAAGGAGAAAUGGAAAAGUGCCACUAAUAAAGUCAGAUUAAUCAAAACAAGGAGUCCGAGCAAGAGAUGGUCCAGUGUGAGGUCAGGUUCGGUUUCACGGCAGCUGCACCAAGACUCUACUGGAUCUGUCGUAGUCCCAGAUGAAGAGUCCGUGUUGGAAAUUGAGGAGCCGACAUUAAUGGACGAUAUAGUAGCCGCUGUCGUCGAUUUCUUCCAAGUUCUUGUCAGGUCUUCCUAUAUAGCAACAACAAUAACAAUGAUGGCGUGGAGUAUUAUGUUCCAUUCGUGGCUGACAUUCGUGUUUUUAAUGUGGGCAAAUAUAGUCUGGCUUUGCCAGGACCAGAGGUCCUUUAUGCUGAAAACCAGUCCAGUUCUGGUGAUAUACGCCAUGCUGUUACUUCUAGCUCAGUAUAUUUACGGAAUGGAUUUGACUGAUAGCGAGCUACCGUCUAAUAUUACGGAAGUGAAUCUGGUCCAAAUAGGCCUCGGCAGAGUGGACGGUGAACCGUGUGUGCCACUUUUGAUAAAAUCGAUCUUCACCUGCAUGUUUUGGGUGACCCUGCGCCAGCGCAUACAAGAGAUCCGACAGAGGAGACAGUCCUCAGCCAUUACGGAUAUCGCUGCACCAUUACAACUUACUGUAUCUACUGCUGCUAGUGCACUUGAAGGAGAACGCGAAGAAGAGAGUCGCUCGCGUCUUUUGAGGGCGUUGGGUGAAUGGCUGCGCGCAGUUUGCGCCCGCUACUGGAUAUACGUUGUGGUCAUAAUGCUAUUCGUGAUUGGCAUCACUGGUGAUCGGAUGACGAUAUUCAGAAUUAUUUAUAUGUUCCUAUUCCUUGGGUUUAUACUUAUGUUCCAGAUAAGUUGGUACUUGUGGCGAAAACUGAUGUAUAUAUUUUGGAUAACUGUGAUAAUAUACUCUAUGAUCAAUUUAAUACUCAUAUACGUGUACCAGUUUGAUAAUUUCUCCAAAAUGAUUGAGACCUACCUCAUGAUCAACGAAAGAUUACAACACGACCUCGGCCUAGACACAUAUCACCCUGCGGAUUUGUUCGUCAAAUUGUUGACGCCCACUCUCUUCUUGAUCAUCACUAUUAUGCAAGUCCAUUACUUCCACAAGGACUUCAUGGCUCUAUCAGAUCCUAGGACAAGAACAAAUAGUUUAAUACAACCUGCAUCAAGUCGACCAAGUAACGCUGGUGCCUCCACAAUGAAAGAUGAUCUACCAGCGCUACCAUCUGAAGAAGAGAGGGAGUUACGAGAAACACACUCUCCUAGCGACACUGAAGCCGAACACUCUAUUGGCACUUCAUCUAUUCCACCAGCAGCUAAAAGAUCUUUACACAGAAAGUCGUCCCGCUCAUACGCACCUACAGUGACAGAGAGGGGUUCAAUAAAAUUCCGGCCAUGGCUCUUAGCCAAAUUUACUCGUCUAAGAGAAACAUAUUCCUGGUGGGUAGAAAAGGCUUUCAUAUUCCUGGAUAUACAUGUCAUCAAGAUUCUCUUCAUAUCACUUAUGUUGCUGUGUGUUUUUAAUGUAUGCGCCAUGCACGUGCCCAUAAUGAUAUUAAUUGCGCCAGCGCUUUGGUUAAGUUCAAGGAAACAGCGGUUCUGUAUGCUCGUCAUCUCAACUCUAAUCAGUGUAUAUUUGAUGGCAAAAAUGGUUUAUCAAAUUGAAUACAUCAAACAUUCUUUCUUUGAUGUCAAUUGUACUAAUGAAGGUGAAAAUAAUACGAUGAAUAUGACGACAUAUAAUAAUGCGGAAUGGGUCGGAUUCUACAAAACAUCGCCAACGAAAAGUUUAGCGGCUUUAUUAAAGGGCUAUAUUGCUCUCAUUGCUUUGUUCACUUUCUACUCCUUGGUCACAUAUCGGCAACAAGUGCACAGAGAAUCGGGUGUUCUACCAAAUACAAAAGACAAGCUAAUGUUCCCCGAAAUAACACGAAACGAAGCAGACAAAGAUUUAAUACAUUACAUCAAGUAUUUGUUCAAUUAUGGCUUCUAUAAAUUUGGUGUUGAGAUAACUUUAAUAUGCCUUAUGGGCGUAAUCGGUUCUCGUAUGGACGUAUACGCAGUCAUAUACUCUGCGUGGCUGUUAGCGCUCGUGUCUAUUCGAAGGAAGCAAUUAGCCAAUCUAUGGCCGGCAUUUACAGCACUAAUUACACUAAUAGUGCCGUUACAGUAUAUGCUAGCUGUGGGAUUUAUGCCCCAAUUUUGUAUACAGUACCCCUGGAGUGGGGAAGAUCAGCAAAUGAAACAUGUACGCAACUGGCUCUUCCUCCCAUAUACAGCAGAACCGCCUCACGCUGUUAAAUUAAUCUUUGACUUCUUCCUAUUAAUGUUUUCUGCACGGCAGCUAAAAGUUUUUCGACUAGAAAAGUCCCACGGUGAUAAUUAUCCUGGUGGGUCCAACAGUGAAGAUAUAGGAAAAGAUUGGGAGACACCUAACUUUGUCAAUCCGGUACCAGAUUUUCUAGGUUAUGUUGGAACCUGGUUGGAUGUGAUUAAGCGAAUGGUAUUCCUGGGAAUGUUGUGGGUGACGUUAGCUAUCAUGUUUAUGACGGGUACCAACCGUGUGAAUUUGUUUUCUAUGGGAUAUCUUAUUGGCUCUUUUAUAUUCUUAUGGCAAGGAACUGACUUCUACUUGCGACCGAAAGAAGCUAUUCUACAAUGGUGGUCCUGGUUGGUGCGUUACAACGUCUCUGUAGUGGUUAUCAAAGCAGUUCUGCAAAUACCUGGAUGUAUGUUCAGUCGUGUGAUGCAAGACAACGCGUGCUGGCUCGUGCAAUUACUUGGCAUCGGAUGUGUGGAUAAAUUUGCUGGAGGGAAUAUUGCUCGCUUCCUCAAGAUGCAUUAUGACAAGGAUUCGGCAUGCUCUGUUCCUCAAGAGGACAUCGGACUUGCGUGGGAUGGAGUUUGUUUCGCGUUCCUUAUACUUCAGCGACGGUUGUUCCACAGCUAUUACUUCUAUCGAGUUAUAGAUGAGAGUAAAGCUACAACUGUUCUUGCAUCCAGAGGUGCAGAAUUAAUAGAAGAAUUACGACAGAAGCAGAUGUUAAUUCAAGAAGAGCAAGAAGUAAAAAUAUUAGAAAAAAUUAAAGUGAAAAUGGAAAGGAUAAAAGCUAACCAGAAAAAAAUUCAAGGUGUCAUGUCUAAAGAACCUGUUCAUCAUGACGCAGCCGUGCGCUCUGGUGACUACUAUAUGUUUGACGAGUUCGAUGAUACUGAUAUACACCUGAAGGAGGAUGAAUCCAGCUCUGAUGAAGACGCUCCUAAGGAAAUGGGCCUUGGGAAGUUGCUGUCGACGGCGAUAAAGACGGAUUUGCGUCGUGCCGUGUCGCUGAGGCGUGCGUCUGCGCCCGUUCUAAGGGACGUUAGGAGAACGUCCUAUCCGGCACACCCUGAAUCCUAUAUGGAUGAGGUGCGUCCUUUAUCGUCACGGGGAGACGUAAGACGGGACGAAGAUGCAUCAAUGAGGGACCGAGCUGGUCCAUCAUCAGACUUGGAUGAAUUUGCACCAAUGCCCGAAACCGAGACUUGGAUGGACAAAAUUAAGGGAUAUUUGGACACGGCUGGUGCGUUGGUAUCUAGCUUUUUGGUCUCAAUCACUCGGCAUCUUAUGAAGUACUCGCGGGACUACAGAUAUGUGUCAAGAACUUUAUCUGUUGAGAAGAAGAUUUUGAAGGAAAAAGAAGGAUUCGGUAUAGGGAUACGUGAAGGCUCACAAAUGAUUUGGGAGCCCAUGCCAGAAGUAUUCGUACAUCACCGUAAGUUAAGCCAACUAAGCGUACCGGAGAUUCGUAUAUUGGCUCCAAGUAUGGAGAGGGGGUUAGACAAGCCGAGUCCCGCCAUUUCGCGCCGCGAGUCGAGCUCCGAAAGUGACACAGAAGAUGAUGAACACGAUAGUGUUUUUAGCUUGCAAACUACUGAAAGUAAGGAUCUCACGACGUUAGAAGAACAGGAUGACUCUAUGUUCAAACAAGAUAAAUCGCCUUUAGUUCAUCUGUGCUACGCUUUGUGGUUCGCUGUUUUGGCACAUACGGACAUAGUCUGUUACAUCAUGGUCUUUAUAAACCAGAUUCAAUCAGCAACAAUUCUUUCCAUACCUCUUCCAUUGAUGGUAUUCCUUUGGGGAACUCUGACUAUACCGCGACCGACCAAAACAUUUUGGGUCACGCUUAUCGCGUAUACAGAGGUAAUCGUGCUUAUAAAAAGUAUGUUCCAAUUCGAGAUUCUACCGUGGAAUCAGAAAGCAAUACCUGCAAAUAUGCCGUUCACAGCUCCACGAAUCAUUGGUAUCGAAAGGAAAUACAACUACGCCCUCUACGAUUUGCUACUACUGCUUAUUAUAUUCUUGCACAGGUUCAUGUUAAAAUCCUUAGGUCUUUGGAAGGAAUCUUCUUCUGAUAUAGAGCUUCAGGAAGAUAAGGAGUAUGCUUUGACCGCUGAAGAUACUCAGUUCCUGGUGGAAGGUCGAGGCGCUGAAGUUGGACAGAAAUAUGUGAAAUUGCACGAAAAAAUUGUCCCACAAAAGGAAAGUGAAACCAAUGGGACGUUAAAAACGAGUAUCGACAACUUGCCGCAAAUUAAAGAUAGCUCUGAUGAUGAACCGGGGCCCUCUAAAGAACCUGAUGAUGAGUAUAGGGUAAACGAUGAUCAGGAACCGAUCAUUGCUGUAAACACAAUGUUGGAGGAUACAUAUCAGCAUUACCCUAAUGUCAUGUUACUUUCAUUAAAACGAUAUUUGCGUCCAACUAAACAUUUCUUCGAACGUAUGCUAGCGCCGGGCGCGCGCGUCACUGCUGACGUGUACGCGUACAUGUUUCUUUGCGAUUUCUUUAAUUUCCUUGUCGUUAUCUUCGGAUUUGCGGCUUUUGGAACACAUCAAGGCGACGGUGGAGUGCAGACUUACUUUGAGGAGAACAAAGUGCCUAUUCCGUUCCUUGUAAUGUUAAUAUUGCAAUUCGCACUCAUUAUAAUUGACCGAGCGCUUUAUUUACGAAAAUUCAUGCUGGGCAAGAUAUUAUUCCAAUAUGCCCUUAUUAUUGGUGUUCAUAUAUGGAUGUUCUUUGUAUUACCGUUCAUUACUGAAAGGACAUUUAACACCCUCCUACCACCUCCGAUGUGGUACAUGAUGAAGAGCAUAUACCUUCUACUCUCGGCAUACCAGAUCCGGUGUGGCUAUCCCCGGCGUAUUAUCGGAAACUUCCUUUGCAAGUCUUAUCGGUUCAUCAACAUGAUCUGCUUUAGAGGCUUUAUGGCAGUGCCAUUCCUCUUCGAAUUACGGACCCUCAUGGAUUGGAUAUGGACUGACACCUCAAUGACUCUCAUGGAUUGGCUCAAAAUGGAGGAUAUAUUCGCUAGCGUCUUCUUACUCAAGUGUUCUCGCUACGUAGAAGAUGAAUUCCCUCAACCGCGGGGUGUUAAGAAGUCCACCACGUCCAAAUACUUGCUCGGUGGAGGAGUUUUGGCUUUUGUCAUCGCUAUAAUUUGGUUCCCGCUUGUGUUCUUCGCCUUUGGUAAUUCGGUUGGUGAGCCAAAUCCACCGACAGAUGUCACUGUCAAAAUUCGUAUUGGACCCUUCCUGCCCGUUUAUCAAAUGUCUGCGCAAUCACACAAUAUUGACGUCUAUACCGAACAAGACUACACCCAAUUGAGCAACAUGUACGCCCGAGAUCGAACCGCACAGACAUUCCUCUCUAACUACAUGUACAAUGACGUCGCAGUUAUUACAAUUAACCCUAACUCCACCGCUGUGUGGAAUAUUUCUCCUCCGGAAUUGGAUCGGCUCGAAAGAGAAGCGUUGUCAAAUUCAUCAUUAUUAGUCAAAUUCACAUACGUAAUAACUCAUCCGAGUAACAACCCACAAAAUCCGCCAACAAUCGAGAACAAUCGUGAAGUGCCACUGGACGCUUAUGUAAACGGGAAGAAAAAUCCCGAGAGAGAUACAUUACUUCAGCUACUGGCUGGGACAGCUUCUCCUGACCUUUGGUUAAACGUUAAACUCUUGUUCCCGAAAUUCGUGAAGGUGUUCAACAAGGGUACCACAAAACCGGCUUUCCAAUUGAUGCCGGCUAUUGGUGUUGAUGAUGUUGAAGACUCAAGAUAUUAUCGAAACGUGCAAUUACGUUUGGAAAGAGACAGAAAUACAAGCUACUGGAGGGUACAUGAAUCUUGCGAGGAAAGGGAUCCGCUAGCGUCAAUACCAAUGAACAAUUGCGACAUGCUCGUAAUGUAUACGUUUAACGACAAACUGUUUCCGGAGACACUCAACUUUAUAUCUGGUGGCGGUAUAAUCGGUUUAUACACAACAUUCGUGUUUCUUGCGUCACGAGUGCUUCGCGGCUUCUUCUCUGGCAUCUACACAAAGAUUAUGUUCGACGAUCUGCCCAACGUCGAUAGAGUGUUGCAACUCUGCCUUGAUAUUUAUCUGGUGCGUGAAGCUCUCGAAUUGACAUUAGAAGAGGAUCUAUUCGCAAAACUGGUCUUCCUGUAUCGGUCGCCGGAGACCAUGAUUAAAUGGAGUCGACCUCGAGAAGAAGACAGCCAAGAACAACGAGCUCUACCAGCUCCGAACUGAAAUUCUUAGUAAUAAUUCGUCAAUAUAAGAAAUAUUUAUAACUAACUCUAUCUAAAGUACUCAGGGGUAGGUUUAUCUCUUUCUGUCUACGCUAGAAUAACAAGAGACAGAUAUAGUUAAAUUUUUGUUUUAUUAAUACAAACUCAGUAUUAACUUACUGGGUUUUUAUCAAUAAAAUGUUUAAUAUAUGGUUUGGUACAUAACAUUGUCAACUUUAUUUCAACUCGAUAAGAGUAAGCCAAAAUAGAAGGGUUUCUCCUAGAAACUUCGCCUUGACUUUUAUAUGUUUUUACUGAAAUAAUAAAGUAGUUUAAACAAAUUUUACAAGACAGCCCAUUUCAUAUACAGUGUAAACUCCAUGUAACGUCCUUCGAUUUAACGACAAAGUUCCUAAAGCGCCGAAUUCAUGCGGCUUUGGUUGGUUUAGCUUAUCUUCCAUGCAAUGACACACUCUAGAUAGCAUAACCCCCACCCUCAAUAACGAAAAUUAAAUAAUAAAAAGUACUUUUUAAGUUGCCAAAAUUAGUUAAAACUGCGGAACUCUGUACGUUCUUUUGUCGCUUUAUAGGCCUAUCCCGUAAUAAACUCAACUUACUCAACUGUCGGCAUCAUACGACAUACAUACAUUUUUAUGUCAUUACUAACACUAGUCUGAAAUAAACUUUUUCUUCUUUGUUUUUAACGACAACUCUUUGUAACGUCAAAAUAUGCACUGUCCCUUGAGUGUCGUUUUAUAGAGUUUACACUAUAUAUAUAUUUAGUAUAUUGAUACAACUCACGCAUUGAUUUAUCCUUGUAUGUACACACGUAACAAUUUUUUAUCAAUAUUGCAUUUAAUGAUACGAUAUAUAAUUUUUUAGUAUCUAAGAAAGAUUUGUAAGAAAAUGAGCCAUUACUAUAUUAUAACCAGUGUUACGCAAGGAAAAAAAGUAAAUUCAAGUUGGUAUGUUUUUGGAAAUUUACCAUUUUACAAGGUAUGGUUUUUGUUAUCGUUGUACAGCGAUAUUUGGUGCUUCAAUGUUUAUUUAGUUUUGCUAGCGUUUAAAAUACAUUUUGUCUAAUCUCACCUCAUUAUAUAGUACUAAAACUUUUGACUCCAUCGAAGAACAAGCUCUCUGCCUAUCAUAAGCGUUUUUACGUAUCUGCUGUAUUUUUAACCGGGGCAGUUACGUAAUAUACAAACUACCAAAGUAGUGGCAUUAAACAUGAAAUAUGAUUUACUGUUUUAAACUUAAAGUGAGAACUGAAACCUCACCCAAAUAGUAUAUAUGCUUAAGCUGUUUUUUUAAAUCACAUAAUUUAAAUAGAUCCAUCGUGAUAGUUGUUUUAGUACUUACAUAUCUAUAAAAAAGGUAGGUAUCCUAUUCUACCUAGCUGUACUAUUUACUUAAUGCUAGUUUUAAUCAAUUGUAAAUAUUUAUAAAUUAUAUUUAUACAUGUUGGAUUCUCAUUAAAAUUUAUUUAAUGAAUUGCGCUAAUAAGCACACAAGCUUUAUAAAUUAUGAAUUCAAUGCAGUCCUUUACCUCAGUUCUAUGUUUUGUCUAUUGUGAAUGUAGUUAAUGAAAGUGCAAUUAAAAUAAUGUUCAUUUUUAUAUCUGUUGUAUUUAAGCUGCAUUUAAUGUUGUGGUUUGAUAAUAAAGUCAUAUAAAAUGUUAUAAAA